CAGAUUGGGUUGCUUUUUGUCCUGGAAAUUGAACUAUGGGCCAGCGAGUUACUGUUGGACUCAAGACUGUGGAUGUGAGGGAUCCUUCUUACAGGCCUCUUCGUCAUGAACAGCAAGGGCUUGACUAUUGUAAGCCUGCUCGACUGGACAUGUUGCUGGACAUGCCACCAGCUACUUGUGAAGUCCAGCUAUUGCACUCGUGGAACAAUGACGAUCGGUCGCUAAACGUGUUUGUGAAAGAAGAUGACAAGUUAAUAUUUCAUCGGCAUCCAGUGGCACAGAGUACUGAUGGUAUCAGAGGCAAAGUCGGAUAUACCAGAGGACUACACGUGUGGGAAAUCACUUGGGCAAUGAGACAACGGGGAACACAUGCAGUGGUUGGUGUUGCUACGAUCGAUGCUCCUUUGCACUCUGUGGGCUAUACAGCACUUGUUGGUAGUAAUUGUGAAUCCUGGGGCUGGGACCUUGGACGUAACAAACUUUAUUUUGAUGGCAAAAAUCAACCAAGCCAGACUUAUCCAGCUUUCUUGGAGCCCCAUGAAACCUUUAUAGUACCAGAUGUAUUCCUGGUAGUUUUGGACAUGGAUGAAGGAACUCUAAGCUAUAUCGUGGAUGGACAUUACCUGGGAGUUGCAUGUAGAGGACUUAAAGGGAAAAAGCUUUAUCCUGUUGUAAGUGCUGUUUGGGGUCACUGUGAGAUAAGAAUGCGCUACAUUAAUGGACUGGACCCUGAACCACUGCCGUUGAUGGAUCUUUGUCGGCGUUCAGUACGGGUCGCUCUAGGCAAGGAUCGCUUGAAUGAAAUCCACUCACUACCACUACCAGCUUCCUUGAAGAGUUACCUUCUGUACCAGUGAUGGUUUAAGCAAGGAACUGAAAGACAUGUAUACAGGCAGUUACUCUGCUUAUCCUCCAUCCAUUGUGUGGUGGGCAUUAUUUUCAAACUCCGGUCUUUAUCCCCAAGGCUCAGCAGCUCCAUGAAACAAUUUUUUUUUUUUGUUUAAACAAAUGUCUGUUUUUCAUUCAAUUAUUUUGAGGAUCUAGAGAUUUUACAUGUUGGGGAUGUGAAUAUAUUUUAGUGUAUGUCAGUGCAAACCUUUCCAUUAAUCCUUUUCUGAAAUCAAAAUAUAUAACUAACUUUUUUUCCAAUUUGGGGAUUUGCUUGUCAUUUUUAAUUUCAAGAGCAGCUUUCCUUUUUAAAUUUGGUGUAAAACUGUUUUCCAAAUGGAAAUCUAUCCUUGUUUUCUGCCAAGUGCAAAUAGUGCUGAGCAUACAUUAUAGCUGCUACAAAAGUCUUUAUGGGUAAACCUGUCAGAUGGUAAUCAGGAUUGGGGAGGGGGAAGAGGGAUCGAUAAAAUCUGUAUUGGAUAUUUUGAGUACUGGGGAAAUUUUUUUUCAAGACUGGCACUAUUCUAGAGGAGUCCUCGAAGAAUCCAAAGGAAACUCUUAUGCUAUCUAACAUUGAUUUCCUUACCUCCAUGGUUUGUUUUUCCUGGUAGAAAACUAAACCAAUUCUGUUUUUAAAUUAUUAAAUUACCUCACCUUCGCUCUUUGGUCCAAUCUCCUUGUUUUCUUUUAGUUGACUUAUUGCUCCUUUUGGGGUAACUGAAGUACACAAGAACGUAUCUACAUUGUGAAUUAAAGGACUGCUGUCUCUUUAAACCAAACACUUGGGGAAAAAAAACACAUAUAUAUACACACACACACACACACACACACACACACACACAAAGACUCUUACUAGCAGGUCUGGUAGCAAACUCCUAUAAUAGCUUCACUUCGCAAAUAACUGUAUAAGUGACUAGGUUUAGGACCUAUACCUGACAUGUCCUAAUGUGGUGCAGCAUCUAUUGGUUUUAAUGUGCAAUAUGUGAAUGAAAUGGUUGUUUUAAAGCUAUCUUGAAAUAAAAUUUAACUUUUCAGUUGGGUUUUGUUUACUUUUAGAGCAAAAAAAAAAGUGGUUGUGACAGAGUUGAAAUCCUACAGAUGUCUGCAAUAGGACAUCAACAGAAUGCCUGCUAAUUAUGCCACUUGCUCAGUUCCCUUGUCAUUGUCCUGUCCUUGCUGCACUUUUCAUAUAUUCUCCAACAUGUAAUACUGCUAAUCUUUUUUCACUUUAUCUUUGCACACUUACUAUUUUCCAAAUAUCUAAAUUUUCUGUAAAGGCAUUGCUGAUGCAAGUUUGUACAAUUUCCUUGUUUCUAAUCUGUUUCAAUUUAGCAGCAGGAUGUUAACCUGGAUUAAGAACAACCAAUGUUGUUUAAAAUGGAUCCCAUAUAUAUAAGAGUAAACAUCUAUUGAAAGCUGCUGUAGGGUGUGCCUUUUUUAGCAAGCCUUAAGCAAUUUCAUUUGCCAUGUAUUUGGAAGGGAAAUCCUGUGUAUCCAGGGAAGGGAUUGUCUAAAGGGCAAUGAUUUUACCAAGAGAUGUCCAUAGCUCAUAAUUGUCUCAACAUUGAUUCAUGUGGAGAAUUCAAAGAGGCUGACCAACCUGAUCAUUAGCAGAUAUUUACAGUCAACAUGAGAAUGUAUCUCAUGGAAUGUGACAAAUUAACUGCUGAUCCAAUUGCUUAUAUUGGCCUAAAACUCCAAUAUUGAAUAGGUGAGUAAUUUUGGUUUGGAUGUAUUUUGGUAACAACAUAUUCAAUUUUCCUGCUCAUUAUUCCUUUGGAAUACAGUAUAUAACCACCUGAACUUGCAUUGAAUGUUAACUGUAUAUACCUGCUAAUUUCAUCCAUCCUUUACUGUAAUCGAACAAAAGGGGUGUCACCCGUAAGGGGCUUUUUCUUUGAUAACUUCUGAUCUGGAGAAACUGAAGAACUAUCCAUCUUCCAUCAAUCUGAUCUCCACCUGUGCAAGUAAGAAUAUGUCUGCCCAAAGCCUUUUGUGAAGAGUUCUCCCAUCUUCUGCUGAUCUGCUUCCUCUAAAAAUGGUGGUUUUCUAAAAGGAGCAUUGUUGGAGCCACAAGGCAAAGAAUUUUAGCAUAUUGGCUGCUUCACAAAAAAAUGAAAAUGUAUCUGACACACACACGCACGCACGGUCGCAGUAAUUGCUGGGUGGACUUGAAGCUCUUUGGCUAAACCUGAAAGAGAAUCUAGUCAACCAGCAAAACCUUGUACCAAUUGAAUGCUUUUCUAAUUGUACCUUUAAAAAAAAAAAAGCCCCAGUAAUUGUCCAACAAGAAAAUCCACUGUUUCCUGAACGUUCUGGAGUGCUCAGGUGACUGCAGCAAUGAUCAGGAUCUUUUUAAUGCAUUAAAUAUCCUGCCUGUGGUAGAGGGUGAGACUGGUUUAUGCCAAUCUAGAUUGUUAAAACAGGUUUUAAUUUAUUACAAGACUAAGUGGUUGCCUUUCUUGUGUUCUCCUUGGAAUAUUGCACAGAUUUGGAAUAUUGCACAGAUUGAAGGGAUGCAUCUGUUCUUAAUUUCAGUCAUCAAGGUGCUCAUUUUGUCCAUCAUUGAAAGAGAACUUGCUUUCCAAUAAUCUCGUGCAGCAUGUACAUGAACUUAAAUCUAUUGAACUGUCCUCUCAACAAUAUUCCAUCAUUGCAGUCCUGUAUGAUUUUGAAUCAUUAACUCUUUAUCCACUAUGCUGUAGAUAUUGUAUACAACUACUUAAUAAAGUCUAUUAAGAAUGGAA